CGUCACUUCAAAAUGGCCAACUAAAAGCAACGUUGCUACAUGUCAUUUCGGAAAACAAAAAUAACAUUUUAAAAGGGUUUAGUGUUUAAAAUUCAAUUUAAUAAUUAAUUAUUAAUGAUUAUAAUAAUUAAAAUUCCCCAAAUAAAUCAUAGGAAACUUGUUUUUAGUUUAAUUUCAAUGAAAAUGACAUUACAAGGUUUUCUUAUUGAUUAUAGUGAGUAAGACAAAGACAAGAUAAAGUAGUAUGUGUUUGCAAAAACCACCGUUUUCUGAAAAAAGUAAAAAUCUUGAGAAAACCAACAUUCCAAAGCCAAUUUGAUAAAACUAAAGUUUUUGAAUAUUCCCUAUUCUUUGAUCGGACGCUAAAAAUCGAAUUUUAAAUACUUCCGGUUUUUAAUUAGCUCUAAAUUAUCCGAUGACCAAUAGAAUUAUAAACUAGGCCCCGUGAUUAAAAUAACUCUAGCCCUUCGGGCUCGCGUAUAACUCCGGCCCUUCGGGCUCGCGUAUAACUCCGGCCCUUCGGGCUCGCGUAUAACUCCGGCCCUUCGGGCUCGCGUAUAACUCCGGCCCUUCGGGCUCGCGUAUAACUCCGGCCCUUCGGGCUCGCGUAUAACUGUGGCCCUUCGGGCUCGUAUUACUCCGGCCCUUGGGGCCGGUAUUACUGUAUCCCAGAUUCACAGAUAUUUGUCGUGGAGGCGUGGGAUUGAUUGAAAUAAAUGUUGUCAGAUUUUUCUAAAUUACAUUGAAAUAUCGAAAAUUGGAAAGUGUAAUUUGUUAAUUAUUAUUUUAAUUAGAAAUCAGGAAUAAGAAAUUGAGAUUGAAUUUUCAAUUUUUUGGGAGAGGUUUAGCCUCCCCUGCCUCCUCUGACGAGCCGCCACUGACAGGGUCAUAGAUACAAUAUAUAGUGUAGACUAAUAGAAAAUCGACUUGAUGAGUAAGAUAAUAGUUUAAAAUUAUUAAAAAAGAGCGACCUGAAACCCUCCCAAAAUGACUAUCAUUCCUAAAAUUUUCUAGAUGUUAAAACUCAAACAUUCGAAAUUCAAAUUUAAAAAGUAUUAAUGUGUAACACAAUCUUCGAGAUAAGAAAUUAAAAUUACUCAUAAAAUGCCAACUCAAGCAAAAGCUCGUAUGUCCAGUGUGAAUAACGUUCAUAUUUCAAAGGGAAACCCAAAUAAACAUUUCAGCAUAUUUUUAAUCUGUGUUUUUCAACCAACGCAUAGUGUGUAUCGGUUUGCGAGUGCCAGUAGGUAUAGCCACGCUUUUUUAUUAAAUAAAACGGGAAGUUUGUUUGUGAAUUAUUGUAAAGUUGGUUUUUCGUUUAUCUAAUAUUUAAACAUGGAAAAUAAAGAAUUUCCACCAGCUUACUCUGACGAGCCCCCAAUACCACUAGCUUCUGGAAUUCAAAAUGUUUACGCCUCACCUUCUUCGCCAACAUUUGAACCACCAUACAUGUCAGCCCCUCAACAGCCGCAACAACAGCAACCCCAACCCCAAGUUACUAGGGUAACUGUUGUGCCAGGAGGUGAAAAUUUCAUUCCGGGUUCUUGUCCAGUUUGUAGGAACACAUCCUGGACUGGAACUUAUUCAUGUUUCGCUUGGUUCCUGUGCCUUUUCUGUUUUUGGAAUUUCGGGCUUUGCUGCUGCUUGUGCAUGAGAAAGAAAAAGUGCACCCAGUGUGGAUUCGCCCUUAAUUAAUUUGAGUUUUAUAUUCUUGGUAAUUUUACCAAUAAUGAUUUUUGAAGAAGUAUUAGUUUUGUUAAGUCUAUAAUUUAGGUUUAGUUUUUUUACGUUAAGCAUAAAAUUAUUUUGAGAAAAGUCCUAAACAUUUUGGAAUUAAAUUUUUUUCAUGUUAAAGUAAUGGUGAUAAAAAAUAACAAUGGAACAUGAAAUAUUAUUAGUAUUGGACGUUUAUUUGCUUAUUUUCAAUUAAGUUUCUACACUGCUCUGUUAUUAAAAGUGCCA